AUGGGAUCUGGAUCAGUGACACUGAAGCAGAAGAAACGGGUGAAACAUGCAAAGAACAAGUACUUGAAACCUGGUGCCCUGGCUCAGAUUCGUUAUAGUAGGAGUACAAGCAGGGACAUCGGCAAGAAAAGGAUUCUGUUGAAUGCGAAAGAUGAGCUGGAGUUGCCUCCACAGCCUGAGGUUCUCUUAGAAAGCAAUACACCAAUUUUGUCCCCUGCAAGACUCAAUUUUGAGCCAUUUGAUAGUAAUAAGGGGCAGAUAUUGCCAAAGACUCCAAAGACUCCUGAUGCAUCUGUGUUUGGUGGUGAUUCAAGGCUUGAAUCACUUCCACUUGAUUUGCUGAUCAAGAUCAUGUGUUGCUUGCACCAUGACCAACUGAAGGCUGUUUUCCAUGUUUCCAAAAGGAUUCGAAAAGCAGUUGAACUUGCCAGGCAGUACCAUUUCAACUACACCACUCCAGAUCGAAGCAGACAGGAGUUGCUCCUAAACAAAACGCCUCUUCCAACGGAGCAUUGGCCCUUCUUAAGAAUCGAUGGCAAGGACGUGUGUGUUUCCACCCCAAGGACACCAAGGGCUCCAAAACAUGCUGCUCGGCUUUCACGCCUCAAGCUUGUUGAUGUGAAGCCAAUCACAGCUGUUCUCUUCCAGGAGUCUCCUACUCCUUUUCCUUCAAAGCGUCUCCGACGCUCAGUGCCACCAGGGCUGCCAAGACCUGUGUGUAAAGCUGCACCCUCGCCCAGAGUUUUACGAUACGAGGAGGAGCUUUGUGAAGCGGUGGCACAGAAUAAGCUUCUCUGA